AUGGAAAAUUGUGAAAAUCUCGCUAAAAGUGUUAUUGAGACACAAUCUCCAGGAUCAUCUACUGUUUUGGUUGCACGUUUUGAUGGUCAGACGGAUCACUCACAGAUAACAACUAUUGAAGACAUUGACAUGAGUGAGAGUUUAAUAUAUUGUGAUAAGGUUGUUGAUUUGGAGAAAGACAAUGAUGAUUUUGGAGAAUAUAAUCAGUGUGAAACUAUAGAAGACGAAGAUGGUGAUUGUAGGGAAGAUAACGUGCAUGAAAUUGUGGGAGCUGAUGAUAUGAGCUUCACGGAUACCCCCAUUCUGGGUAGAGUCUUUAAGACAAUAGAAGAAGCUUAUGAAUUUUAUAAUGAUUAUGCAGAAAGUAAAGGAUUUGGAAUACGUAAGCACUGGUGUAAUAGGAGUACAAAAACACAACAGCCAUUUAGGUGGAAUUAUGUAAGUGCAAAGCAAGGUGUGAAACGACUUCAUGAUAAAAGAGUUGAUGUUGACAGUGUCAAAAGGCGAAGGGAAACAAGGACUGAUUGUUCAGCGAUGUUACAAAUAAAGUUGGUUGAUGGAUCAUGGGUUGUGGAAAAAUUCAAUGAUACACACAACCAUCCAUUGAUUAACACUCCUACAAAGGUGAAGAAGUUUUUUUCUCAUAAUGAUUUACGACGCUCAGGCAUUACUAAGUCGUUGGUUUCUAAGCUUUAUCAGGAGGGUUUAACAUCUUCAAAAAUCUCAAAGGUGGUUAACGCUAUGAACGAAGAUGUUAAUAUUACUCCAAUUCAAAUUAGCACUAUUAUAUCAAGCCAGAGACAUAGUAAUGUAGGCCGAGAAUGCCAGGGCAUUGUCAAACACUUUCAAAGGAAGUCUGUUGUUGAUAGAGAUUUUUAUUUUGAUAUGCAUCUAGUGGAUGAUGGUACAUUAAGAAGUGUCUUCUGGGCGGAUGGUAGGUCAAGAGCUGCAUAUGCCCAAUUUGGUGAAGUCCUUGUGUUUGAUGUGACAUACAGAACAAACAAGUUCAAGUUUCCUUUUGCCCCUUUCGUGGAUGUUAAUCACCAUGGGCAAUCAAUUUUAUUUGCUGCUGCCUUGUUAGAAGAUGAAACAGAAGCAACCUUUACUUGGUUGUUUGAACAAUUUCGAACAUGUAUGUUUGAUAGGUCUCCGGUUGCUAUUAUAACUGAUCAAGACAAAGCUAUGGGAAAAUCAAUUGCUAAGAUAUUUUCAGGAGCUCGACAUCGUUUUUGUGCAUGGCACCUGAAAAAACAUGUUAUGAAGCAUAGUCAAGCACUUCGCGCACAAUUUAAAGAUAGUUUUGAUGUUGACUUCCGUGAGUGGUAUAAAAGUCAAAACAUCGAUGAGUUUGAAGGCAAGUGGGAAGCAUUAAAGAAUAAAUAUGAUAUUAGAGCAGGUAGUUGGUUGGCUAACAUGUAUACUUCACGUCAUCAUUGGGCAAAGGCAUACUUGAAAGAUACAUUUUUUGCCGGAAUGACCACAAGUGGUCGAAGUGAGAGCAUGAAUUCUUUUUUUGAUGGAUAUGUCAACUCUAACACAAUGUUAAAUGACUUUGUCAUCCAAUACGACAAAGCAAUCAAGUCUAGGAGGGAUGCAGAAGAAGAUGAAGAUUUCAAAACAAUAAAUACGAAGGCAAUUUUGGAGACUGCUCACCCAAUCGAAGCAACAGCCGGAGAGCGCUACACAAGAAAAAUGUUUGAGAUCUUCAAAAAGGAGUGGAAGGUUGCCAUUGGUGAUUAUUUUCAUGAAAAGAUUUCAACAGACAAUAAAUGUACCAAGUACCGGGUGGGAUCUCGUGAAGUUGAUAAAAAGUGGUGGGCAAUUGUCGACUACCAUUUGGAAGAAACAUUCACAGCUCAUUGUUCUUGUGCAAAAUUUGAAACUAUGGGGAUUUUGUGUAGACAUACUCUAUACAUCAUGAAGAAGAAACAAAUAAUGACCCUUCCUGAAAAAUAUAUUUUGUCUAGGUGGACAAUGGAUGCAAGUUAUAGGGUUGGAGAAUUUGCAGGCAUUCAUGUUGAAACAACUACUAAUGAAGUUAGUGCAUUGUCUUUGUGGUUGGUUCAAUCUAAAUUCACUAUGGCUGUUUCUGAAGCAAGAGAUUCUAUUUCUGAGGUUAGAAGGCUUGAUGCUAUGAUUUCUGAAUUUCUACAACUACAAUUGGAAAGAAAGAAAAAGGCAUCUGAAGAUGAAAUGGUUCCCACAAUUUAUCCUUCACUAGUUCCCGAUAAUGUUACACAAGUUUCACACAUUAAUGAUGUGCGUGAUCCUACUCAACUAGUCAAAACUAAGGGGCGUCCAAGGGUUGCUUCACGUAUAAAAUCUAGCAUGGAAAUGUCCACAAAACAACAAAGGACUUGCAGUUAUUGUCAAGGAAAAGGUCAUUAUAAGACUGGUUGUCAGAAGCUAAAGGUUACUAUAUCCCCAGAAGUGACUUCGAGAACAGUAAACAGGUUCAUUAUAGCUGAACUUGUGAGAGGCUGGCAGAGGCAAAGUAUAAGAAAAAGUAGAGGAGAGACCAAAGCUGAACCAUCCUCGGAGCUUAUUGGUAAUAAUAAUAGCAGUAUUAAGGGACCAGUACAAAUUGACAAUUCAGAGGAUGAUGGAGAUGAACCACUUGUGCUUUUAUUUGUAAUUUUAUCGUAUCUUGGUAUUGUUUCACUGGUAGAGAUAACAUAA